GAAGGAGAAGGAGGAGAAGAAGGAGAAAGAGAAGGAGAAGGAGAAGAAGGAGAAGGAGAAGGCGGCGCGGCGGCCGCUCGCUCGCUGCACCAGGAAGCGUGUGCGGCCCGCACAGCAUGUAAGGCGAGCGGAGGCAGCGCUAGACAGGCGAGGAAGGAAGAAAGGAGGAGGAGGAGAGGAGGAGGAGGAGGAAGAGGAGGGAGAGACGGUCCUCGGCCAUGGAGGACGGCACCGAGGAGGAGACGGUGGAGCUGCCCCUGACCAACGCAAAUUUAACUGGGCACGAUGAGGAGAAAGUGGGGAUGGAAAAUUUCGAACUACUCAAAGUCCUGGGGACCGGAGCUUACGGGAAGGUGUUCCUGGUCCGUAAACUCACUGGCCACGACGCCAACAAGCUUUACGCCAUGAAAGUGCUCCGCAAAGCGGCCAUCGUCGCCAAAGCCAAGACGACCGAGCACACGCGGACCGAACGGACCGUCCUGGAGCAUGUCCGCCAGUCGCCUUUCCUCGUGACGCUGCAUUAUGCCUUCCAGACGGAUUCCAAGCUCCAUCUGAUUCUCGAUUACGUGAGCGGAGGUGAGCUGUUCACUCACUUGUACCAACGGGACCAUUUCUCGGAGGAGGAAGUACGGUUUUACAGCGGGGAGAUCAUUUUGGCGCUGGAACACCUCCACAAGCUUGGCAUCAUUUAUCGGGACGUGAAGCUGGAAAACAUCUUGCUGGACAACGAAGGUCAUGUGGUGCUGACCGAUUUCGGCCUGAGCAAGGAAUUCGUGACAGAGGAUAAAGAACGGACCUUCUCAUUUUGCGGCACCAUCGAAUACAUGGCCCCCGAGAUUGUACGCAGCAAAAGUGGACACGGCAAGUCUGUGGACUGGUGGAGUUUGGGAAUCCUGGUUUUUGAGCUCCUGACUGGCGCGUCUCCUUUUACCCUCGAAGGGGAGAAAAACUCGCAAGCGGAGGUGUCCAGACGGAUCCUGAAGUGCAGCCCUCCCUUCCCGUCGCUGAUCGGCCACGAGGCUCGCGACCUCCUGCAGAAGCUCCUGUGCAAAGACCCCAAGAAACGCUUGGGGUCCGGCCCAAUGGGGGCCCAGGAGAUUAAAGAGCACCCCUUCUUCAGGGUCUUGGACUGGGUUGAAUUAGCUGCGCGCCGGAUCAGGCCGCCGUUUAAACCCCUCAUUCGUCACGAGUUGGACGUGCGAAACUUUGCCGAAGAAUUCACCAGCUUGGAGCCCAUCUACUCUCCGGCUGGGACCCCUCCCAGCCUAGACCGUGUCUUCCAGGGAUAUUCCUUCAUCGCCCCGUCAAUUCUCUUCAACCGUAAUGCUGUGACCGCUGAUGUACUUGAGGCGGCGUCCGACGGGGAGCGUCCCGGAAGGUCUGCGGUAGCCCGCAGUGCCAUGAUGAAGGAUUCUUCGUUCUUCCAAAAAUAUGAGAUGGACUUGCUGGAGCCGCCCCUGGGCGAGGGAAGCUUCUCUGUGUGUCGCCGUUGCCGACAUCGGCAAAACGGGACGGAAUUUGCGGUUAAAAUCAUCAGCAAAAGGAUGGAAGUCAACACCCAGCGAGAAGUGGCGGCGCUGCAGAUCUGCGAAACCCACCCGAACAUCGUCAAGAUUCACGACGUUCAUCACGACCAGUACCACACGUACCUGGUGAUGGAAUUGCUGAGGGGCGGGGAGCUCCUGGACCGGAUCAAGAAGAAGCAACAUUUCAGCGAGUCGGAAGCCAGCCAGAUCAUGCGCAGCUUGGUUUCCGCCGUCAGCUUCAUGCACGACUCGGGAGUGGUGCAUCGGGACCUCAAGCCCGAGAAUAUUCUCUAUGCGGACGAGUCGGAGGGCGCCCCCGUGAAAGUGAUCGACUUCGGCUUUGCCCGCCUCUGCCCUCAGAAUUCGCAGCCCAUGCAGACCCCCUGCUUCACCCUCCAGUACGCGGCCCCCGAACUUUUGCAGGAUGGAGGCUACGAUGAAUCUUGCGAUCUCUGGAGCCUGGGGGUGAUCUUGUACACCAUGCUGUCUGGCCAAGUCCCCUUCCACAGUAGCCAAGAAGGCAGCGCGGUCAGCCACGCCGCCGACAUCAUGCACAAAAUCAAGGAAGGGCAGUUCUCCCUGGAGAGCGAAGCUUGGAAGAAUGUGUCCGAAGAGGCCAAGGAGCUGGUUCGAGGUCUUCUGACGGUGGACCCUGCCAAGCGGUUGAAAAUGUCCAACCUACGCUACAGCGAGUGGCUCCAAGAUGGCAGCGCCCUCUCGUCCACUCCGCUCAUGACGCCGGACAUCCUCGAGAGCUCUGGGCCGGCCGUGCGAACGGGCGUCAACGUGACGUUUAUGGCCUUCAACAAGGGGAAGCGCGAAGGGUUUUUCCUAAAAAGCGUGGAAAACGCCCCUCUGGCCAAACGGCGUAAGCUCAAGAUGUCCAGCACCGGUGCUGAGGGCCGCCGAAGCAGCAGCAGCUCCUCCUCUUCCUCGUCUUCGGGCUCCUCCACCCGUCCCCCCAAAGCCAAGAUCCCCGCCAUUCGCCACGACCCCCCCUCGUAGCAGCCGGGGGAAGGGGCCGAGCACUGAAAACGCUGGAUGGGAAAAGGGGGUAUUUAUUGUCUAUGUUGCUGUCUGGGGAGCAUCGGGGAAGCCCCGGCUUCCGUUCCCCCAUCCCCAUUUCCAGCCCACCCACAUACCCCACCAUGAUGUGAUACCUUCAUUCAGAAUUUUGGGGGGGGGGGGGUUGGAAGGUCAAAGCGACCGUUCUCUGUCGGAAAAGGCAGAGAUUUGGGGCGCUGAUCCUGGGGGGCUCUUGGAAGGUUUGGGCCACCCCUGUUUUGAUGGCUGGAAGGAGACCUCCCCCCCUAAUUUCCAAGCCCAAUCCUACAUCUUGAUUCCACGAGGACGCAGCCAAGGGAGAUUUUGCAACUUUGGGCAUUUUAAUGUGGGGGUUUUAUUUUCUACCCCAGUCUGGCGCUUUUCUGCAUGCAAGGGGGCUGGCUUGGACCCCCAUUUCCCCAGCCCUCGAUCGGCAGGCAAGGGAAUGAAUUAAGGUUGUUUGCAGAUACAGACUGCCGUUUUCCAAACUACCAGCAGAGGGCAGCGGUCCUCUCGGCAUCCUCCCCCACCCUCUGGUGGUGAGCUGCAUUUUUGCAAUCCAAACUUGAGAUUAUUUUAAGAGAUAAUGGGGUUGUUUUUAUUAAGGAUGGGUAGCGUUUAAUUUUUUUUUUUUUUUUUUGGAUAUACUGUUAAUAGGAAGGGAUUUGCUCCUUCUGAGGCCAAAAACUGCAUUCUGGGAAAGAAAGGAGAAUAUUUCCUCCUUGCUUUACAGGUAGACCUCGAUUUACAACAGUUUCGUUCAGUGACCGUUCGGCGUUAUGGCGGCACUGAGGAAAGGGACUUACGACCGUUUUUCACACUUGUGACCAUUGCGGCAUCCCCGUGGUCAAACACGGCGACGAUUCAGGACACUUGGCAGCUGACUCAUACUUAAUGAUGGUUGUAGUGUCCCCGGGGUCACGUUUUGCGACCUUCAGAUCAAGUCCACGGGGAAAGCUGGAUUCACUUAACAACCACGUUAAGAACGGCAGCGAUGCCCUUGACAACUGUGGCGAGAACGGUCGUCAAAUGGAAACGUCUCGCUUAGCAACAGAAGCGUGGGGGCUCAGUUGUGGCCGUAAGUCGAGGACUACCUGUAUUUUUAUAUUUUUUUGAUCCCCGUACACUCCCGUGUCUGAUGCAGAACUUUAACGGCAAAACUUAGUGCCAAGGUACGUUUGGGCUCAGACGUUAGCCACUUCAACUAUUAUUAGAGUUAGUCUGCGUGUCACACUAAGAUAAAACCAACCAGGUUAAAUGAUAGGUUGGCACAAGGCUUACAUCUGGGGCUACAGCUUCUUGCUGAGUGAUUCCUGAACCUCACCCUUUUGUAUAAAAGCCACAGGAGUAAAAAGACUAUACUUUUUUAACAGGUAAAACUCUAAAACUCAUUCUGAGGAGGAUGUUAGGUUUUAAGGGAUAUACAGGCAGUCCUGGACUUACAACUGUUCUUUUAGUGACCGGAGUUACAGCGCCACUAAAAAAAAAAAAAAAGCGACUUAUGACUUAGUCCUCACGCUUAUGACCGUUUCUUUAGCACCUCUACGGUCACAAAAUGUUCAAAAUUCGGGUGCUUGGCAAUGGCCGCGUCUAUUGACGACGGGUACAGUGCCUCGGGAAUGCAAAAAUUUCCAUUCGCGACGUUCCCAGCCAGCUCCCGACCUAAGGGUGGGAAGCCCGAUUCGCUUAAUGAUGCGAUUCGUUUUAACAACCGCGAGAAAUUGCUGAAGAACCGCAGCAAAAAAAAAAAAAAAAAGACUUCACUUCGCAGUGGAAAUUCCGGCCCUAACUGUGGUCGUAAGGCGAGGACUAACCUGUGUGUAUGUAUAUAGGUGUAAGAGAAACCAAAAAGCAAACCAACCCCAGAAUAAGAUGCAUCAAUCUGUUUCUGUGUCCGGAAGAAAGAAGCCAAAUAGGAAAUUUGUAGGAAAAUGUAUAUAUAUAUAUUUUUUUUUUUUCUCGGGGAGAGAACGAGAGGCUCUUAAAUGGCAGCCCCUCCCCACUUUAAAUCAUAGAAUUAUAGAGUUGAAUCUUGAGAGAUUUUAUAUCUCUUGAAGUUUAUGGGAUGGGGGAGAUGUCCCAGGUUUAUUUUUUGGGGUGAAUCCGAUAAGCUCAGGCAGUUUGGGGGGUGGGGUGGGGCAAAAGGGAGAGAGUAUAUUUUUAAGAAAGCAAAUUCCUGUCUGUCUUGUUUAAAUAUAUAUAUUGAAGGCAAGCAUGGGAGUGAAUGUUUGUGCAAAGCAGCGUCUUUCACAGUUAGAAUUUUGUGUGUGUGUGCGAGAGAUCGGAUAGAAGCUCAGCUUUUGUCCCAGUUCAAUAGGAGAUUUUUUAAAAAAAAAAAACAUUGGAAAUAUAGAAACAGGAAAAAAAAAGAGCAUCGCAUCAAUUAAGAAGAAUUCUAUCCACCAGCUUUGCUUACCGAGAUUAAAUUUUUAUUUAAACCCUUAUUUAUAGGAAGAAACACAUUAAAAAUAAAAACCCUCCACUGAAUUCUACUCCUCCUUUAAUUUAAUGAAAUCAAAGACGCUGAAUUCUUAAGAGGUGGAUUUAUUAUCAGCGUUUGAAAGUUGUACUCAAUACAAGAGGGGCUUCUCUUUAAGCCCCUCACCAAUUUUCCUACAGCAGUAUUAAUUGUCUUUUUUUUUUUAUUUUCCCAUUGCUUAAGCCUGUGAUGGCAAUCCUAUGGCACAUGUGCCAGAGGUGGCACACUCAGUCCUCUCUGUGGGCACACACGGCGUCACCAGCUGCUCUUCACCAGUGCCGGAGCGCUGAAAACGGCCUGAAAAACAGCCUGAAAAUGGCUUGAAAAACACCCAAAAAAACAGAGUUUCCGGGCCUUUUUCUGGGCCGUUUUUGGCCCUGAAAAUAGCCUGAAAACAGCCCAUUUUUGGGGCAUUUCAGGCUGUUUUUUGGGCCAUUUCAGGCCUUUUUUCGGGCCAUUUUCAGGCCGUUUCUGGGGCUGUUUUCAGGGCUGAAAGAUGCCCCCAAAAUGGCCUGGAAAAUAGCCAAAAAAACAGACCAUUUUCGGGCCAUUUUCCGAUUGUUUUUAGGCCACUUUUGGCCCUGAAAAUGGCCUGAAAACAGCCUGUUUUGGGGGCAUUUUUUGGGCUGUUUUGUGGGCUAUUUUCAGGCCAUUUCUGGGGCCAUUUUCAGGGCCGAAAAAUGGCCUGAAAAUGGCCCAAAAAACAGCCAAAAAACCCAGAUCAUUUUCGGGCCAUUUUCAGGUUUUUUUUGGCCCUGAAAAUAGCCUGAAAACAGCCCGUUUGGGGGGCAUUUUUCAGGCCAUCGUCAGGCUGUUUUUCGGGCCAUUUUCAGCCAUUUUGGGGCUGUUUCAUGGGCCAUUUUCAGGGACAAAAAAUGGCCCGAAAAUGGCCCGAAAAACAGCCAAAAAACCAGGCCGUUUUUGGGGCAUUUUUCCGGCUGUUUUCUGGCGUUUUUUUCAGGCUGUUUUCAGCUGUUUUGGGGCUGUUUCGUGGGCUGUUUUCAGGGCCGGAAAAUGGCCAAAAAAACAGGUACGCACGUGCUGGCCAGCUGGUGUUCGGGUUUCCGGUGCUCCAGCGGGCGCCCAUGCACACACGUUCCGAUUUGGGCACUCGGUGCCGAAAAGGUUUGCCAUCACUAGCUUAAGCUAACCGGGGCAAAAAAACAAAAACAAACCCCAAGUCCUGUUUGAAUUUUUAUUCUCUAUAAACGUGGGUAUGUCUUGGUGUCUCGAAGAGAAACUUAUUGCACAGAUUUUUGGAAACUUAAGAUAUGUUGCCUAAAGCGUUUUGAGGACUAUGUAUUUUAUGUAGGGGGGCGGAAAAUGCGGCUUUUCAGGAAAGUCGGGAGUGUUGAGUUGCUAAAUUUCUGACUGGGGAUUUGAUAAGGUUAUUAUUAUUAUUAUUAUUAUAUUUUUUUUAAGAGCGGGCGGUAGCACGUUUAAGGAAUAUUUUGAUGGGGAACGACCGUAGCUGUAAAUGGGGGGAGGGGGGGAUUGUAAAGGGGUAUGAAUGAGAGAGAGUGGGUUUUUUCCCAUUCUUGAAUCGGAGACACCAAAUAUAUAUAUAUAUAAUUGCACACAAAAACAGCAUGAAGACAAAAAGGGCCUGAGAAAAGGAAGGAAAGAGAAAGCGAGUGAGACAGGGAUUUUAAAGGGAAGUGCAAUUAGCAACCUAUUGCGAUUUGGGGAACGAGGGAGGAAAUGGAGAAAACGUAAGCAUGGGAAAAAUAAGAACGGGUUCAGUAUUACCCACCACCAAGGCUGCCAGUUUAAUCCACAUGAAAUGGGAAGUUGAUUGCUACUUGAAGCAUUGGGAGUUCCCUUAAAUUAAGAACCAGCAUCUGCCACCGUUUAAAACUGAUAAAUUUUUAUACCGUUAAUAGGAUAGCGAUAGGGCACUUUAGAGAGAGAAAAACUUCGGGAAAAUUUGCGUUUCUGUCGAGGACGAGAAAGUGCCGCUGCAGAUUGCUAAAUCAGUGUUUCUCAGCCUCGGCGGAUUUUAAGGCGGGAUGGGACUUCGAUUCCCAGAAUUCCCCCAGGCAACGUUGGGUUGUUGUUACUGGCUAGGGAAUUCUGGGAGUUGAAGCCUACCCAGACGUAAAGCUAGCAAGGGUGAGUAAUGUUGCUCUAGGCCAAUGGUUCUUACUAUUUUCCGCUCCACGGAUUCCCUUUAAAUAUCUUUUGUGGCCACGGACUCCAAGAUUUAAGAUUGAAAUCGGUGUAUUUUUUCCAAGUCUUUGCGGUCCUCCAGGGAUCCGUGGACCACAGGUUGAGAACUACUGAUCUAGAACUUUUCCAACUUCUGCAAUGGGACGUGGCAGGUAUUGUUCUUCAAAGAUGGAAUUGGAAGUGCCUCAUAAAUCUAUUUGUCCUGGUCUACGAAGGAGGAGGAGGAAGCGAGCGGAUGCUUUAAAAAUCACAAUAUUGGGCAGGGAGUGGAAGGCGCCAUUCAUUUUUCUCCCUGCACAAAAAAAAUAAUAAAUAAAACGCUUGGCUUCAACAUCCGGGGAGAUUUAGGGAGGAAUUCUUGAACCUGGCUCUCCCUUAAGCCAUCUUUAACCAGCAUCGUGUGAACUGGACGUGAUAUGUUGGGAGGAAACGCAGGCAACUUAACAAGGCAUUUUCUGCACCAUAUAAAGAAAAAUCUCUUUUCCCUUGGGAAAGCGACAGUAUGCUAAUUUUGCCCCAUUUCUAAGCCUGUUUAAAAUACAGGUAGUCCUUGACUUACCUGAGUUCAUUUAGUGACCGAAGUUAGAACAGCUGUGAAAAAAGUAACUGGUGACCCUUUUUCACACAUAACGACGGUUGCAUCCCCAAUGAGCACGUGGGUCAAAAUCCAGACGCUUUGGCAAACUGGUUCGGACUUACGACCGUUGCGGUGUCCCAAGGGGUCACGCGAUUUCCCGUUUCGCGACCCGCAAUGUCUACGGGGAAGCCAGAUUUCGCUUAACAAUCGGGUUACUAACUUAUCCAACUGCGGCGAUUCCCUUAACGACAGUGGCAAGAAAGGUCGUAAAAACGGGGCAAAGCUCGCUUGGGUCUCACUUAGCGACCAAAAUGUUGGGCUCAGUCGUGGCCGUUAAGUCGAGGACUAGCUGUAGUAGUCCUUCUCAACCGUUUGGCCAGCUGUUUUCCUCCUUCCGUUUGUUUGCACUUGAUAGCUGUUUCCCCGCGGGGAGCUAAAACUCUCCUCCUGCCAUGGGGGCAAGGGACAUCCGUGUGCGCGCGUGCGUCUGUACAUACGUGUGUAUGUCUUAACUGCCAUAGGCCCUCCGCUCGGUGCCAAGGAGGAGAAGAGUGUGUGGAGGGCGUCCUUUUAACAUCCUUCUUUUCAGUAGCACAAGACUCAAGGGGGGGGGGGGAGGUCCCAGCCCACUCAACCAAACCAUGUGCAUUUUUUAUUUGAAAAUAAAAAUCGCCUCUGAAGCCAAA